CAAUCAACGACGCGCGCGCGCGCAUUCAACGGUACCAACAACCUGCAGUGCAAGAGAACAGGACUAGUAGCUACAGUAAAAAUAUAAAAUAAAGCAGACUUUUCAGCUCCUCAGCUUCGGUUGAUGGUCAACAUUUCAAAACUAAGAUUCAAGAGAUAGUCAAGAACAAGGCAUUAGGAUGGACUGGUUCCACUGUAACAGCUGCUUCCGAAGAGAGGGGCAAAACUUUGCUGUCUCCAGCUGUGGUCACAUCUGCUGUGAAGGCUGCAUCAACCCUAAUAAAAAACAUUGCACUGUGUGUGGAGCAAGCUGCAAUUACCUGGCCAUCUCAGACCAGAUGAAGCCUCAGGAGCAGGUGUUCUUCAAAGACCCUGUUAAGCUCAUUCAGUCUCGUCUGGAGCACAUAGCACAGAUUGCUCUAUUCCAGCGAAGGCAGAAGGAAAGGGUCAUUGUCUACUUCAAAAACAAAUCUAUGGAGCUGGAGAGGAGACUGAAGGAUGUCACAGAUCAGUGUUACAGGCAAGUUUUAGAGCUGAAAAGAGAGAAUGCCGAGUUGAAGAAACCUCUCUCUCAGAGGAGGGCAUCACCUGGACAAUUUCAAACAAAUGGCAGUGCCCAAAGGAUGUCUCUCCCAGUGGCUGUUACCUCCCCAGUCACCCCUCGCUCACGUCCUGUUAGCCACCAAGGCUUUGCUGAAACCCAGGAGAGAUUCAGAGAUAGAAACCCUAGGCUCACCCUCGCAACUCCGCCUGGUUCUGCCACAUCAAUCUCCAGCCAUGGCUCUCUGCACGAGCGUGGUGGCUUCAGGACUCCCACCAUUAUUAGCACUCCCACCCGGUCUGAGAAUCUGACUCCAAACAUUUUCCAGUUCUUGACUGGGUCAUCACUGCACUCCCCAAGGCCUUUCAGAAAUGGCCAGUAAAACUGGUAGGUUAUUGUUUCAUACUGACUUAAUUUCAAUUCCAGUGACAAAAUUGAGAUCCAGUUGAAUUUAGGUUUUAAAUUAAGUAGCUCCUAAAGUGACUGGAGUUGAAAUGGCAAAGACCCAACUUUGAUUUCAGUACGUGUCCUUAAGCAUUUUGGCAUAGUUCUUACUUUUUUUUCUGCAGAAUCUGAUGAACAGCUGAAAACCGAUCUCAGAAAGUGCAGGGAAGCAGUUAACACACAGUUUUUUUUAUAUAUAUAUUUUUUUACUUGUUUCCAGUGAUGCAGUUGUGCAAAUGUUAAAUUGAACAUAAUACAACAUUAAAAAGACAUGCUCCGGUACUUUGGCAAAUAAAGUAUAUAUAUAUAUAUAUAUGUAUUUUUAAACCUCCCGCUUUGGGAUGUGUCAAAGUGUAGUUCAUAUAUGCAUAAUCUAUGAGCAGAAUUACUGUCUUUAAUUAGCCACAAAAUCCCUAGUUUGAAAAUACUUUUCUUGAAACUGUGCAGCACCAUUUCCCCUACAUUACAACCCACGUGGGCCAGCCCCUUAACAAUUUUAGUUGAGUGGAAGCUAGCAAGAGGCCUGCCCAGCAUUAUCCAAUGAGGUUGCAGGACGGGCCCAACAACUCAGUGGAAACAGUAGAGAGCAAUGAGGUGGUGCACAUAUGUGACGUAGUACGCAAUUUUCAGGGACCACUUUUGUCUUUGGAGUGUUACUUUCACAACUACUAGAUAUAAAAGAUACAAAAGUACUGGAGAAUCUGACUUUUGAAAUGAGUGCCAUGUGUCCAGUUAAGUAGAACAUUGAAAAACUGUUUACAACUACAAUUAAAGGGAUUGGCAACUGAGAAUAGUGUUCAGACAAACAUUUCUCCUUCAGCAUUCUUGUACUUCCUUUGUAAUGUUCUCAUAGCUAAUAGAAAAAACAUUUACACUGUAGAAAACGUUGCUUAAUGUUGAUUAAAAUACUUUUACUGGUAUACCUGGAUGACUGUAACAAGUAAUUUUCCUCUCAGAGGCAUAGAAAAUGGCCUGCACAAAACACUAUUUAUUGCUUUGGAUUAAAGUGGACUAAGACAAUCUAUUAUGCUUCAAUCCCUUCUCUGCUGAACUGAAUUUGGUUGGAUUACACAAUUCCAGUGACUUCUUUUGCCCCUCAAUCACCUCACACAAAUGCUCAAUAUAGGAAGAAUACUGUCCCCACUAAUCUGGGGCAUGGACUAGGUGAAAUCAACUAAAAACCCAACGAUAAAAAUAAGCCUGUAUUGCAGCCCUUCACAAGUAAACAGAAAUUGAGACAGGUGAGCAGAGUGAAAAAUACAGGAUUAUACCGGACCAAAGAGUGCAGUUCUUCAGUUUAUCCAAAAUAUGGUUUGAACUUGUAGUCUUUGUGGAUAUUGAACUUCACUUUAAAACAUUGCAGGUCAGUGCAAACUGCAUAACAAUUUUAAUAGGAAUUCAAUUUUUAUGAAAAGGAAUGCAUUUAAUAAACAUUAUCACAGCUAAAAUGUUAGGGCUCAAAAAUUCAAGUGCAACCUGUCUAUUCAGAAGUAUUACGUGUGGAUGUCCAGUUUGUUGUUGUAAAAAGGACAUGUAGGUUGUAAAGGAAUGAUUUCUACAUUAAGUGAUUAAUCAGUGUCUUUACCCUAAGUCUCAUAAAUGAUAUGUUUAGGUUUUCCCAGUGCAGUUUCACUUCUGUAAAAUACAGAACUAAACUACAGUACCUAAGGCGCUCCAACCAAUACAUACUUUUUAUCCAGUUAAUAUGUUGCUACAAUACUGGACUACAAAUGAUAUAGCACAAACAAAAGAGGUGGGUGGGGGGGGGGGGGGGGGGAUUGAACCAGUGUACUAUGUACUGUCCUGUCUACAGUAGGCAGCACCAUCAGGAUUUAAAGUCCAAACUUAUGGGGGAAAAAAAGAGAAUGCAGCAAUAAUUCAGCACAGUCGCAAAAUCUGUGCUGAUACUAAGCAUUUAAGAGUCACACCUGCUCACAUUAAAGCGAAGUAAUUCAAUAUGAAAAGUUUGUCAAAUUUAUGAAAAAACAUGAUCAGUCUUGUCCUCAAAAAAAAAAAAAAAAAAA